AUGCUCAAGCACAAGGAACAUCUAGCUACAGGCCACCAUGUGCGUGCAUAUAACGUUGAUCACACAGUCUUUGAGGUUGACGAGGGAUGGGAUCAGUUAUAUUCUGUCAAUCUGUCAGAGAGGUUCUGUCAAUGUGGAAAGUUUAAGGCUUUCAAAUACCCGUGUAGUCACGUCGCUGCUGCUGCUUUAAGUGUUCCCCAGAAUCCUUUCCAGUACGUGGAUGGUGUAUUCUUGAUAACUAACUUGGUUGAGGCAUACUCAUACCCGUGGCAGCCAAUUGGUAAUAAGGAAGUUAUUCCACCAAGUACAGGUCCAAUGCUUAUUCUUGACUCCUCUAUGCUACAUGCAAAAAGUCGUCCAAGGUCCACUCGAAUCCGUAAUGAGAUGGAUGAAGUUGAGACAAGUCAAAGCCGUAUUAGGUGUGGUAUUUGCAAGCAACGCGGCCAUAAUCGCAGAGCGUGUCCUAAUUGCGAAGCAAACGAUUGA